GUUUAUUUUCACAUUCUGUGUACCAGCAUUUUCAUAUUAAACAAUGGUGCAUUGGAGCUUGGUUUUGCAAGAUUUCUUAUUUUUACGAACAAACGACGAACUCCUUAGUACCUAAGCAGGUUUGUUUAUGAAACUGAAUAUUAUCCUAUCUUCUACAAAGGUCACUGGAUCGUAAAACAGAAAAGAAACGAAAAUGGCUACCGACAGAACACCAUUAAUUUUGCCGAGGCUGGUUCGGCAGGUUAGCAGGGAUGUUUCAUCUGGUAAUGGACAAGGGGCUAUUAAAAGGACAUCUAAUACCAGAUACAUUGCACCAUUUACUAUCGUCGUGGCACUGGAACGCUUUACCUACUACAGUUUGAUCGUGAAUUUAUUUAUAUUUUUCAACUACGAUGUUUACGAAAAUGAAACAAAUAAAAAUGACCAAAAUGCGGGUUUUGCUAAUAUUAAUGCUAUUGUCAGUGUGAUGGUCCUGGUAGGCCUCUCCUGGUUAUUCUGUGUCUUAGGCGGCUGGAUAAGCGACGCCAAACUCGGCAAACUAAAAACCAUUAUCUGGGGACUCGUCAUUUACACCUUAGGCACAGGGCUGUUAGUUUUGUCUGCUUACUUUUUAGAGUAUCAAAUAAUACAGAAACAGUUGUAUCGUGCCGUAAUUGUAUUCGGAUCUAUUCUAAUAGCACUAUUAGGUGAAGGUGCUUAUAAAGCCAACAUUGCAGCAUUUGGAGCCGAACAGUUAGACCACAAGGAUCCUGUUAGCACCAGACGUUAUUUUAAUUUUUACUACUUCAGUCUAAAUAUUGGUAGUAUACUUGCGUUAGGCAUAAGUGCAUACAUACAACAGUGGAAAGGUUUUGUUAUUGGAUUUGGGAUGUCUUUUGGGAGUAUCACCCUUGCAUUAAUUGUAUUUGUGCUGUCGAGAAAGCGGUAUAAAACGCUACCAUGUCAGCGAAUCGUUGGAAAGGUUUAUCAGAUUAUCAAGGAAGCUCGCAGGAACAGUAAAAGAAAUGAUCAAAGGUAGGAAAUUUGUAGAACAUAGUUAUUGAUUUCUGAAAUGACUCCUUGCCAUUAUACUGUGAGAACAAGUGAAAUUUCUCUUUAACCCAUAGACACAUUUUCUGGGGGUGCACCCCCCAAAAAUAUUUUGCAUCUCUUCAGAAAGUUUUCUCACCCUACCUAGAGAAAUUUGCAACCCCCCUGAAAUUUAAAUGCUUGUUCAAUUAAAUGACAGUAGUAUGAUUGGAACAAGGAUUUUGAACUACAGUGUACAGUAAAUCAGGGUAAAGAUGAGGAUUUUAAUCAAUUAACUUACUUAAUAAUAAGACCAAAAAUCUCAAAAUUGGGGGCUUUGUCCCUUACCCCAACCCUGGCCCCAUUAGCACUUAGGCAUACCGGUAUACCAGCAGUCUCAGGGCCACAAAACACUCUGUUUCCCUCGGUCUCAGUACAUAUAAGUUAUAAAUGUCUUAACUUUAAGACACACGUGUUUGGAGGUCAGAUUUGGCUUCAAGAAAGGACAGUUUAUCUGAGGGUAUCGUUCCAGUUAUAUUUCACAUACUAAUCCACUCGUUCCCAUCAAUCAGAAGAAGAAUCAAAAUAAACAAACAAAGAUUUGAUUUCACAUAAAUUAUAUCAAAACUCCCAGAAAUUUUGGCUGUCAUGUGACCCUUCGCCGACCUGCAGCUGUGGAGGGAAAAUGCCCUGCGAACGAGGUUGAAAUUUGACAGAGUAAAGUAAUAAAAUGGGUACAUCAAAGCAGAGACGGAUUUUCAUAUUUUCGUUCGGGGAUGGAUAAAUAUGGGGGGGGGGGGGGGUGCUGCUGCUUGCUUUGGCUGGGGUGUGGUGGCAACGCCUGAAAAGGCUAAGGAAAAAGUUUAACAAAAUUUGUUUUCUAGGCCUGCAUGGUGAGAUUUGAGACCAUAAUAUUGGUAAUUUUACAAAUUUAGUAGUAAGAAUAAUCAAAUAUGAGACUAUCAAAUCAAAAUAUAUGUAAUUUGCGGGGUGCCAAAUGCCUUUCGGGGGGGAGGGGUGCAAAUAAUUUCUGGGGUGUGUGCCCCUCCCCCCCCCACACACACACACCUGGAAACCUGUGCCUGCAUCAAAGUGCAUUGCCACUUUUAAAGGGUUAAAUGUUAUUAUAUUUUAUGUAGUUCACCCAUUACACUACAACAACCAUUGUCAUGGCUUGAUCAUGCCAGAAUGAAAUAUGGUGGAAGUUUCCUUGAUUGGGAAGUUGAUGAAACCAGAUUUUUGUUUGCAAUCAUUCCUGUUUUCAUCGUUUUGUUACCGUACCAGACUAUCUAUAACCAGGUAAGCCCAGCUGAAAAUCAGCUGAAAUACUUUUUAAUUCAUGUGUGUAAAUGUACAAUAAAUUAACCAAACUAUCUGCCAAUAUGUUUUCUUAAUAGACAAUUCCCAUUAUAGACUAAUUUUAAAACUAGGCAAGGAGAUGCAAAUUAAAUCACCACAGCUAGAAAGAGCAUACUAAAAUUAGUAAAAUUACAAAAUUUGGUUGCGAAAUGUUGUAAAAUGUGGAAAAUAUAGCCUUGCAAAGUUUGCAAAUUUUGUAUACUUUUGUAUUGCGUGCGACAUUUUCGGCCUAAAUGUGGUAGGAAUGGUGUAGGAAUUUCCGCAAGCAAUACAAAAGUAUACAAAAUUUUCGAACUUUACAAGGCUAUAUUUUCCUCAUUUUACAACAUUUAGCAACCAAACUUUGUAAUUUUACUAAUUUUAGUAUGCUCGUUCUAGCUGUGGUGAUUUAUUUGAGUUUCAUUGCCUAAUUUUAAAAUUAGUCUAUAAUGGGAAUUGUCUGUUGCUCUAGUGCACGCAAAUGCACCUGAUUUUGUUACCGAACUUUAAUCCAUGGGCGGAUCUAGCCUCAUCUGCAAGGUGGGGUGCAUGUUUUCCAUGGGGUGGUGCAUGAGGGAGCCUUACUACCCACUCUCCUAGGAGCUGCAGUCUGCAACACUACUAUGCCAACACUACCAUUAUUUAAGAUGGCCAAAUUGUUUGUUUAUAACGUUUAUAUCGGCUUUUGUUUAUCAUAUGUGUGUGACUGGACAGUUCCUGUUGCACAGUGCAGUAAAUUUGCUUGUUUAAAGUACAGCUGUAUAAAAACCUCAACAUGUUUACGUAUUUAACCAUGAUAUUUAACUAAAGUAUUUUCUAGAGUAUUUAACUAGAGUAUUUUCUUGUGAGCUCAGCAGCUGACAAAUCAAUUAAAUCAUUUCAAGAAGUCUGCACAUGCUAAUAGUAGAAGUUCUGCUAAUUGCUAUUUGAAAAGCAGAAAAUGUGUGGUCAAGCAUAUUUUGUAGGGUGGUGCUGGACUUCUCUAGGGCGGGGUGGGGGGGGGGUGCUAGGCAUUGCUAGGUUGGGGGCACACUCCCUGCACCCUGACAAUUUGCUUGUCAAGGAGAGGUUUGCACAUUAAACUCAUUAAAUGAGUGCACCCCAAUAAACCAUGCUUUUUUUAUUAUGAUACCUUAUUGAAUUCUGAUUGUUUAAUUGGCUGUUUAUGGUCAUGUGAUAUUGAAUAGAAAAUUCCAUUUCCCAAUUAGAGUGCAAUGGAAUACGUUCCAUUGCACUCCUUUCGAGUGCAAUUGUACUAUACGUUUUAUUCCAUUCCAUUCUUUGUGUUUUCAAUAAAUCGCAUCCGUCAAAAUGCUUCUCAUACGAAUCUAUUAGUCUAUUUUGGUAUUAUAUAAAACAAAUAAUGAAUGUUUAUUUGUGCAAUGGUAAGAAUAUUUUCAUUCGGUGAAAGAUGGAAUGUUCCAUUCAACUCAGCCGUCGCCUCGUUGAAUGGAGCAUUCCAUCUUUCACUGAAUGAAAAUAUUCUUACCAUUGCACCCAUAAACAUUCAUUAUUUGUAUACUAUUUUACUCCGUCUAACACCAGACAAUGUUACUCAUCAAGAAGAGAGUGCUAGUUUAGUGCUUAAUGGGUUAAGGCAUUUAUAUGCUAAAUUAUGAGCACUAACAUCACAUUUUCUUUCAUCAGAUGAAUGCUACAUUUCUUCAACAAGGGAUACACAUGAAUCUUAAUGUGCUUCCUAAUUUUGACAACUUCCCAGCUGCCUGGUUAUUUCUCUUCAAUGCUGUUGUUAUUGUUAUUCUCCUGCCUAUUAUGGAUAGGAUUGUGUAUCCAUGGCUUACAAAACGAGGAUAUGACAUGAUUCCUUUGACAAGGAUAAGCAUCGGUAAGCUUAGGGGCCCAUUCAAAAAAUAUUGGUUGGUAAAUCUGAGAUUAAGUGGGUACACUUCGUGAAAUAUUGGCUUAUUAAACUUUUUUGCCUUAAAUGUCAUAGCUUUAUUUAUAGCUCAACAAUGCUUUCAUGGUUGAAAAAUUAUAGGUACAGCUUUGUCAUACAGUUAUUCAGGCUUAGAAAAUAUAUUUUUCUUUUUGGCAGCAAACUCAAAAAUAAAAAUUUCCUGUGUAACGCAAAUAUAAAAACGUCCUGGAUAUGUAGAUUUAAACUAAAGAAUAUAUGGUGCCACAGAUUAUGACAAACUUAAAUCUCGGCUGACUCGGCACAAGACAAAUCUCGAAUUGAAAACGUUUUUGUAAACAAUAAGUAAAUUACAUGGCAUUCUAGUAUAUAAGCUAGAUGACAACAAUUUCCUGCAAGAUGUAAGAAUUUUCUGCGAAGAUACUUUGUUUAUAAUUUCCUGACAGCGUUGCUGUUGGCGCUGCGCGCUGCAUGGACAUUUUUCAGCACGUUAGUUAUUCAGCUAUCACUGAAAGGAUUUGAAACCUCUCUCCCUCCCCAUGAAAUAUUUCUGCAUAUUAAAGACAUUUGCCUGGCAGAAAUCGUAAACAAGGCAAAGAGAUAUAUUUAAGCAGUGUAAGUUCUAAAUGAAAUUUUCUCUUAAUUUCAGGUAUCCUUGUGGGGUGUUUUGCAAUAAUAGCAGCAGGCUUUGUUGAGAUAUUUGUCGUGCAAGACUUUAUGAAAAAUAAUACAGUCACAAACGAUGAUGUUAAUCAACGCACUGUCACUGCUGCCAAUCUCUCAGUUUUUUAUCAAAUACCACAAUAUUUGCUCAUUGGUGUUAGCGAAAUUUUUGCUAAUGUUGGAGGUAGGGUGAAAAGAAGUAAAAUAGUGAAAUUAAAUGAUGUUAUAAAUGGACCUUUCCCCUUAUAACUAAAAUUUCGAUGUAGACAAAAAUUUCAUCACAGCUUGAAAUAGCAUCAUAAAAUUAGUAAUAUUCCAAAGUUUUGUUGCAAAAUCUUGUAAAAUGCGGAUAAUAUAGCCUUGCGAAGUUUGCCGUUUUUCAGUCAUUUUGUAUUACAAAUGGGAAAUUGACAUCCGAUUCGGGUGUUGGGGCUGCAAUUUCCCGUUUGUAAUGCAAAAUGACUGAAAAUUGCAAAUUUCGCAAGGCUCUAUUUUCCUCAUUUUACAACAUUUCGCAACGAAACUUUGGAAUAUUACUAAUUUUGUGAUGCUCUUUCAAGCUGUGAUGAAAUAUUUGUAUAGACUUGCCUAGAUCAGAAUUUUGGUUAUAAGGGGAAAGGUGUAUUGCAGCAUUAUUUAACUUGUGUUAUUUGUGACUUUUUCUAGGUCUGGAGUUGGCUUACCGCAAUGCACCACGUUCAAUGCAAGGUGUGGUAAUGGCGAUGUUUUUUGCCAUCAACUCUUUCGGUUUGUUACUGGGCUCCGGGCUGCUGGGACUAGGCCAAGUAACUGGCCUGAUUAACCACAAAACGGAUAAAGGCAAUUAUUACGACCUGACGUAUUAUUUUUUUCUUCUUGGUGCUUUGAUGUUAAUAUCUUGGAUCAUUUUCAUAAUUUAUGUCGAGCGCCACAGACGUAAACGGUCUAGACAGCCCAGAACUCGAAUGUUUAACAGAACUCGGGGUCCUAAUUCGCCCGAUAUAAGCAGCGUCGCUGAUCUACCUACUGAUAAUUACUAUAACAGUUAGCACUUCUUGGUCAAUCAAAAAUGAUCUCGGGAAACUAUGCGAAAAUCGUUGUUAUAUCGUGCAGAGAUGGUGUUAAUUCUUUUCAUUAUAUAUAAUAGUGUUGCACCAAAAAAGUUUAACCGCCACCAGCCAUGGUUCGCAAUUAACCUUUCUCAGACUCAGGACCGAUUUUCCCGCCAUUGUUGGGGUACUGCCACGUUUGAGAGUCUCCACAGAGUAUUAUACUAUUUCAGAACCAUCCUCAGAGAUACGAAAAACCAGUUUCAUAUUAUUCUGACACUGCAAUCGACCAACGAAAAAUUCGUUGGCUCGAGCGGGAUUUGAACUCGCAUCUAGAUACCCAAAGAUGCGAGUUCAAAUCCCGCUCGAGCCAACGAAUUUUUCGUUGGUCGAUUGCAGUGUCAGAAUAAUAUGAAACUGGUAUUAUACUAUAUAAUGGUAAAUUUACAGUUACAACUUUUAAAAGUCGCAUUUCACGUUGUUUGAAUUGCCUAAAAUCUUUCACUAGGGCAGACAGUAUCCCAAAAAUGGUGGAUUUUGGUCUUCGUGAGAAUUGCUAAUUAGCCAGUGCGUUUAUGAGAGGCAUCACCCCCCUGAACGUCCACCAUUUUGAAUAUUUUCAGGGGGAUAAAUACCUCUCAUAAGCGCACUGGCUAGGACGGUUACACCAAAAUCAUAGCAAAACCAAUUAAGGUACUUUAGUCAGUGGCGUAAUGCAACCGCUGGGGGCCCUCCGUCAAUCGGCCACUUUGGGCCCCUUUGAUACACUAAAAAUAGGCUCAAAAAUUUUUUCUCGGAACAAUUUAUUUUUGGCGACCUCUCCCCCCCCCCCCCAAAAAAAAAUUUUCGGACAUUGUACCAUUUUAGGGGUACAAAAUUUUUUCCGGACAUACCCAAUGAAAUUGCAAUUAAUUCAUUCUAGUAUCUCGUCCUUUACCUCAGCCGCGACGUAUUUAAUCCGUCGCAGCUUCGGGAAAUUUCUCGACGGAUUUUGCCUUUUCCAGAGAAUGGGUUUUUUUUAUUCAAUUCAAUUAAUUCAAUUCCCCAGAAAUGUGCUAUCAAAUUUUUUAAGGUCAUUUUUGUUGGGGGCCCCUAAAGUUCGGGGGCCCCCCGUCUCUGGACACCCUGACACCCUCCCGUUACGCCACUGACUUUAGUUACUUUACCUCCUUAAAAAUAUUAAAUUAAUGAAUGACCAAAUUUAUUGUGAAAAACAAUGGUUUUAUGGUUACAAAAAAUCAGUAUGUACAUUACAAAAAAAUUAGGUUGAAUACAAUAAUUUUUGAAAUAUACGAAUGUAUUUAUAACGGUCUUGAAAAUAAAUUAUGAUUG